AUGUCGUGUUAUUCUGAAGUACGAAUUACUAAAAAAUUGGCACAACUUAGAGAUUUUAACAAUAACAACAACAAUAAAAGUGAUAAUAAAAUUAAAGAAUUACUUGAAAAUAAUAAAAAAUGGUCAGCAGAUAAAAAUAAAAAUGAUAAAGGAUUAUUUGAUAAACUUAAAGAACAAGAUCCAAAAAUUCUUUGGAUUGGAUGUGCCGAUUCUCGUGUUUCACCUGAACUUAUCACUCAGUCAGGAUUUGGAAAAUUAUUUGUGCAUCGUAAUAUAGCAAAUCAAUUCAAAUCCGAUGACACCAAUUGCAUGUCAGUGUUAGAAUAUUCUGUCAAAGUUUUGGAAGUUUGUCACAUUGUUGUUUGUGGCCAUAGAGGUUGUGCUGGAGUAAGAAAUUGUUAUAAUAAAGAUCUUGAACCUAAUCUAAUAAAAUGGUUGAAAGGAAUCCAUGAAUUGGGAUCAGUAAAUCCCGAAUUCUCUCAAUCUAAUCCGCAUUUUGGAACUGAUGAAGUUCAAUAUAAAUUGGUCAAAGCUAAUGUCGUGAGACAAGUGGAGAAAAUUAAUGAAAACCAUCUUGUUAAAUUUGCUAAACAUAAAAUACAAGUUCAUGGAUUGGUUUUUGAUAUAAAAAAUGGCUUAUUAGAAGAUUUGACUAAAUAUGAAAAUAAACAAGAAUAA